AUGAAGUCCGGUCCAGGAACAGACCACAACCAAGAACCCGUCAAUGGGCACGGGCAACGCCAGGACUCCAAGAACGGCGCUGAGGCAGCCCAAGGCGGCGCCGAGGCCUCCUCGCCGUCGCGUCUCGCCGCAACGCCCGUCGGCCGACCCCAGGAACGCGCCCGUGAGCAGGCGGGAGCCGGAAGCCGCGGCGCCCAUGGAUCGAUCUCCGCCACGGUGGGGGUCGACCAGAAGGGCAAGGUGCCCGCCGCUACUCCUCUUCCGGAACCUCCCGCUCCAAGCUCCGCGGGAAGCAGCCCGUCCAACCCCUCCCUCGACAGCGCCUGGCCGUUCGGGGCCGGGACGGUAAGCUCCGCGACCAUCGACUGCAAGGAAGUGUUCGACCGGCUGGUUCGAGCGCAGACGGCUAUCAACGAGGCCGGUAGGGGAUCGGCCGAGGAGGGGGAGAAGAAUAAGAAGCCGGAUGUGGAACAGGCGGAAUCGUCGCACCCCAAGAAGGCGCUCUGGAGCAAGCUUAAGAACUAUUUCACCCGCGAGGUUGUUGAUAGAGAAAAAUGGGAAAUGUAUGAGGAACAUGUGGGUCACCAGACAAAUCCUAUCGCUGAAGUCUUUGAUUAUUAUCGUGUUCCCGAAGAUAUGGCUAUUUGUGUGAAUCUUGAUGCCUAUUUGAGAUUCAGACCGGUGUAUGGAGAUGGAGAGUGUUUCUACAGGAGCUUCAUAUUUUCCUACCUUGAGCAAGUUCUUGAUAGGCAGGACACACAUGAGGAACACCGCCUCCUUGAUACCAUUAAAAGAGUGUCUACGCAACAUACAAAUCUUGGAUGGACCUCCUCUGGGUUUCGCAGGAGCUACAAAGAGAUGCACAACUGCUUAACAGUAGUGGCAUGCCAUCACAGUUUUACACACUGUUGGCAUAAACUCAAAUUCGAAGUUUACAGUAAAGUUAACAAGCCAAUUCUAACAACAAUGAACCUUAAGAGAAAUCUACUUCCAGAGGAACAAUGAGACAAUAUAACGGGGAGGAAUAGAAUUGUAUACUUGUUUCAUUUGAAAACAAACGGUGCACACAUGCUGCUGCUUCUUAUGGUGCAGCUACCUCACUGUCUGUUACCAAAUAUUUUCUGCCAUAACUACUAUGCUACAUUAUGUGCUUAAUGACUGAAACUUUCAGACGUGUUGUUCUGUGUUCUUUCAUACCCUGGUACAAUUCAUCAUUCUGUAACUUAAUGUUGUAACCUAUGAUAUGUAAUGAUUAUCAGAUGUAAACUAUUGAGUCGCUGAUUCUUUCAGGCAUUUAAGAAGCUGAUAAAGAAAGUAAUGGGAUGGAAGAGACAGGGCAGGUGGAACAGCAUAGCAUCACCUAACAGCUACCGUAAAGAGAAACUUCUUGCGUUCUUCAGCACCUACAAUAAAACGGAAG